AACAACUGGUCUUUGAGGCCCCUUUCAGCCUUCGGAUGGAACCCCAGACGGUCCCUCAGGGCAGGAGGGUGGGGCCUGAGGCCGUACUCCAGGAGCCGGGUAGGAGCGUCCAAUCAGAGGCUGAGUCACGGUGACGCACAAUCUCGAGCUCCUCCACAGUAUCGCGCGUCUCGACGUCGUCUUUCCGCGGCCGCUGUCCCGCUGUGAAGGUGGUCUGCAGCACGCGGGACGCGGGAGCCUGGGAAGGCAGUAAUUCCAUCCCCUACCCUCUGUGUGUUUCUAAGAACAGAGAACAUGAAUAUAUCUGAGGACCUGUUGACUUUCAGGGAUGUGGCUAUUGAUUUCUCUCUAGACGAGUGGAAAUGCCUGGACCCUGCUCAGCAGAAUUUGUAUCGAGAUGUGAUGUUGGAGAACUACAGAAACCUGGUCUCCGUGGGUCUUGCUGUCUCUAAGCCAUACCUGGUUACCUUUCUGGAGCAAAGGAAAGCACCCUGGAGUGUGAAGAGAUCAAACACAAUGGUUAUGUUCCAAGCUGUGUCUCAUACCCAAGACUUUUCACCAGAAAAGAACGUAAAACAUUCAUUCCAUAAAGUGAUCAGUGGAAGACCUGGUAACUGUGCCCUUGGCAGUUUAUACCUAAGGGAAGAAUGGGAAGAUGUGAGUGAGAGUGAAGGUCAGAAAGCCUGUCACAAAGGACAUAACCAAUGUGUGAUCACAAAUAACCGUGAAAAUGUUUCUCACAAUGUAUAUCAAGAACAGAUGUCAUCUGAGAAGAAAGCUUAUGUUGGUCCAGUUACUUUUGAUGAGGCUUGUGUUUGUAGAAAUAAAUAUCCACAUCAACUUGUGAAACACACCUUUCCUCUGAAAAGGAAUUUAGGAAAUUUGAGAAAGGAUCCAAUCCAUGCCUCAGUUAAUAAUUUCAACAAUUUCAAAUGUACCGCUAAGAUAAUCUUUCACUCAAACAUUUCUGUAGAUAGGGGAUUUAAAAACAAAGAGCAGAUUUCUAGUUGUGACCAGUUAGAUAGUAGCCUUGGGAAGAGUUCAGUAGUCUGUAGUAAGCAGCCAGGUCUUAGCUGUGCCCAAACAAACAGUUGUAAUAAAUAUGGGACAUUUGCCACUCAUCCAUUAUUGCUUAAUCAAAAUCCAGAUAUAGAUACUCAGGAAAUCCAGUACAUAUGUAAAGAAAAUAGGAAAGCCUUUAUUAAGGAAUCUGCGAAGGAUAUUUACAUUAGAGAGAAAACUUGCCAGUGUAACCAACUUCAUAAUAACUUUGACUACAGUCCAAAUCCUACUGAACAUCAGUAUACUCAUUUGACAAAGAACCUUUACAAAUGUGAGAUCUUUCAUCAGUACUCAAAACUUAUUGUCCACCGAUACAGCCAUAUUCCAGAUAAGCCUUACAAAGGUAUAGGCUCUAAUACACCUUUUACUCAAAGCUCGAAGUUUACUAAACAUACAGUUCAUGGAGAGAAACCCUAUAAAUGUAAUGAAUGUGGCAAAACCUUUGACUAUUACUCAACCUUUACCAGACACCAAAGAAUUCACACAUGAGAGAAACCCUACAGAUGUAAAGAAUGUGGAAAAGCCUUUAGCCGUGGCUCAACCCUUACUCAACACCAGAGAAUUCAUACUGGAGAAAAGCCAUACAGAUGUAAAGAAUGUGGUAAAUUCUUUACUUACUGGACAAGCCUUAGACAACAUCACAGAAUUCACACAGGAGAAAAACCCUACAGAUGUAAAGAAUGUGGUAAAAACUUUAACCAUUUUUCACACUUUACUCAACACCUGAGAGUUCAUACUGGAGAGAAACCCUACAUAUGUAAAGAAUGUGGCAAAGCCUUUACCCACUGGUCAGGCCUUAGGCAACAUCACAGAAUUCAUACUGGAGAGAAACCCUACAGAUGUAAAGAAUGUGGAAGAUCCUUUAACCACUGUUCAGGCCUUAGAAAACACCUGAGAACGCACACCGGAGAGAAACCCUACCAGUGUGAAGAAUGUGACAAAGCCUUUAAAUACUGUUCAUCCUUUACCAAACACCAGAGAACUCACACAGGAGUGAAACCCUACAAAUGUAAUGAGUGUGGCAAAGACUUUAAUGAUAAUUCACAGCUUACACAGCACCAGAAAGUACAUACGGGAGAGAAACCCUACAAAUAUAAUGAAUGUGGCAAAGCCUUUAGGCACUGCUCAACCUUUACAAGUCACCAAAGAAUUCAUACUGGAGAGAAGCCAUACAGAUGUAAGGAAUGUGGAAAAUCCUUUAGCCAGUGGUCAAGUCUUAGAAAACACCAGAAAAUUCACAGUGCAGAGAAACCCUACACAUGUGAUGAAUGUGGCAAAGCCUUCAAGUAUUAUUCAUCCUUUACUAAACACCAGAAAAUUCACACAGGAGAGAAACCAUACAGAUGUGCAGAAUGUAGCAAAGCUUUUAGCCAUUGCUCACUUCUGACUCAACACCAAAGAAUUCAUACUGGAGAGAAACCCUACAAAUGUGAAAAAUGUGGCAAAGCCUUUAGGCAUUGCUCAACCUUUACUAGACACCAGAGAAUUCACAGUGGAGAGAAACCCUACAAAUGUAAAGAAUGUGGAAAAUCCUUUAACCAGUGUUCAGUCCUUAGAAAGCAUCACAGAAUUCACACCGGAGGAAAACCCUACAAAUGUUAGGAAUGUUGCAAAGCCUUUGAUCAAAAUCCAAACAUUUUUGACAUCAGAAAGUUCAUGCUAAAAGCCAGGUGUGGUGGCGAACACCUUUAAUCCCGGCACUCAGAAGGCAGAGGUAGGAGGAUUGCCAUGACUUUGAGGUCACCCACCCUGAGACUAGAUAGUGAAUUCCAGGUUAGCUUGGGCUUGAGUGAGAUCCUACCUUGAAAAACAAAGCAAAACAAAAAAGAAAGUUCAUACUAGAGAAAAUCCUGGUAUACAUGACUGUAGGAAGACCUUUGUCUCAAAUGUACAUGUAAGAGAAAAGCAAGUUAUUUUUACAUGGGCUGGAGAAAUGGCUCAUUGGUUAAGAGCAUUAGGUUGAAGACCACCAGACUCUUCAGAACCCACAUUAAAAGCUACAUAUGGCCACACACAUCUGUAACCCAAGUUCACAGGGGCAAGGAGCAGAGAUCAGAUGAUCACUGGGGCUUGCUGAAAGCAACUCCAGGUUGAGAGAGACUCUGUCUCAAAGAAAGAAAUGCACAGAUGAGUGGUAAGAGAAAGACACUGGGCAUUCUCUGGCCUCCACACACAUGUAUAUACAAUAUACAUUAUAGAUACACACAUAUAUAAUUUACAGGAGAAAACUACAAAUAUAAGGAAUGUAGCAAGCUUUUAUUCAUACUUCAGCUAUUUAAUAUACAACAAUUGUUAUUGGAGGUGGGCUUGGUAGUAAGGAUUGAACCCAAGGUCUCACAUACUAGUCAAGCAAUCUACCAUUCAGUGAUAUCCACUGCCUAGUGAAACCUUGAUUGCUUAAAACUUAAUGGGCAUCAUUUCUUUUUGGUUUUUCUAGGUAGGGUCUCACUCUAGCCCAGGCUGACCUGGAAUUCACUAUGUAGUCUCAGCGUGGCCUUGAACUCUUGGCGAUCCUCCUGCCUCUGCCUCCCAAGUGCUGGGAUUAAAGGCAUGCAUCACUAUGCCCAGCUGGACAUCAUUUCUUGAUGUGAUAGAUAAACCAAUCCUCACAGAUACUAUACAGAAUUGUGCAGAUUGCUCAAUUCUAAAAGUAAAAUUUUAAAAAGAUUUUAAUUUAUUUGCAAGCUGAAAGAGAAAAGAGAAUGGGCACACCAGGGCCUCCAACUGCUGCAGACAAACUCCAGAUGCAUGCACUAAUUUGUUCAUCUGGCUUUAAAGGUAGUGGGAAAUCAAAUCCAGGUUAUUAGGCUUUGCAGACAAGCACCUUAACUACUGAGCCAUCUCUCCAACCCCUGAAACUAUAAUAUAAUUUUGUUUGUCAGUGCCCUCAGUAUAAGGACACUGGAGAUAACACUACUGUCACAUACAUAGUUUUGUCUGCAGACAAGACUCAUUCCUAAGUUUGUAAAUAGUAUUUUUCCAGAGAACAGAAGAUUUUUAAAGUGAUUUAUUUAAAUGAUGUGCUUUUUCAUUAAAUAAAAGUCAGUGUUUCUAA